UUUAAUGGUACGACAAUAUCCAGAAAACAAAUUUUUUGAAAGGGCUUCGAUUCACCUUCAUGUGCCUGAAGGUGCAACCCCAAAGGAUGGUCCCUCUGCCGGCAUUACCAUGGCAACAUCACUCCUUUCACUUGCCCUAUCUAAGUCUUUAGAUCCAACUAUAGCAAUGACUGGUGAACUCACUCUUACUGGUAAAAUUUUAAAGGUUGGUGGAAUUCGGGAAAAAGCGGUAGCAGCCAAGAGAUCCAGUGUGUCAACCUUAAUAUUUCCGAAAGCUAAUACUAACGAUUGGGAAGAAUUACCUGAAAAUAUUAAGGAGGGACUUACAGGUGUUCCCGUCGCAGAUUAUGACGAAGUCUUUAAUUUUGUUUUUGGUACUAUUAGUAGAGAGCAAGCAAAACAGGUUUGGGAUUUGAUGCUCGCAUUACAAUCGGUUGAAUCUGAGGAUAAAAAAGGAAUGGUAGCAGAACUUACAGAACAAUUGUAA